AUGACAGGAGUUAUUAGUAAAGAAGAGAUAACAUUGGAUUUUUUAAACUCAGUUAUCAAAGAUUCUAAUGACAGUUCAUCAAAAAUUAUAGAAUUUACAUGUGGAAAUCCAUUAGAAGGGGGGUUUGUUGGAUAUAUUAUCAAAUUAUCAUUGAAAUGGAAUAACGAUAAUAAAGGACAAUCAUCAAGACCAAAUUCAGUUAUUUUCAAAUGCUUUGUUGCAGAGUUAUGUGAUGAAAAGAAAUUAUCAGCACUUAAACAUUCACAUAGAGAAGUUGAUUUUUAUAACUAUAGAGAAUUAAUGAACUCUCAUGGUAAAAUGAUGUAUAGUUUCGUUCCAAAGACUUAUUAUAGAAAUAAGACUCCAUCAGGCUCAUUUGCAAUCAUCAUGCAAGAUCUUUCAGAACUUACAAAUGAGGAAAUUAAAGAAUUUGAAAAGCAAGAUGAGCAAACCUCGUUCCAAAAGAAAUACAUUACCGCAUGUAAAGCUUUAGGUAACCAAUGUUGGGGUCUCCCACAAGAUUUUAACUUAUCAUUGUACGAUCCAUACAAGAUUUUUGAAGAUUGCUUUUUAGAAACUUCAAAGCUUCAUAUCGAGUAUUUUAGGGAUAGCAGUAUACUAAAAGAAAAGAAUUCUGAUGGAGUGGAUAUGACCUGGUUGAAGAAUUUCAAUGUUUAUAAUGGAGAGGGUAAAGAAAAGUGGAUGGAAAGUAAAGAGUAUUUGGUAUCCACAUGGAAAAACAUAGCUUUACCAAAGAUUGCUGCAUUGAAAGAUUCAAUUAAUAAUUCAGACCUAUUAAUCAAGGUGGUUGAAGAGUUUUAUUCAAAUUAUUACACUUGGGAAAACCAAUUAAAAAGAAUCGAUAUCAGUAACCCAAAGACUUCAUUCACUUUAACACAUGGUGAUUUUCAUGCUGGUAAUGUUAUGGUCCCAAAUCUUCAAUAUAAAUCAGUUAGUGGAGUUCCAGAAAAGACAUUCUACCUCUUGGAUUGGUCUGAAAUCGGUAUCAAUUGUCCAUUCGCUGAUGUAGCUCAAUUCAUAAUCAGUAAUUGCAACAAUGUAGAAUUUAGAAGAGCAAAUGAGGAAAAGCUUUUCAAAUCUUAUUGGAACUCUCUCAUCGAAUCUGGUAAAGUCAAUAUCGAGCAUUUCCCAUUCGAAUAUUGCUUCAAAUUAUAUAAAAGAGGUGGCAUUGAAAGAUGGAUUGUUUUAGACUCAAUGAUGAGUACAAUGGUAGAUGGUGAUCAUUUUGUAUUCUUCAUGAACCAGCUAUCAAAUUUCAUUAUCGAUCAUUAUAAUCCAUCAUUAUUCCAACCAUUUUAA